CAAUAAAAUCCAACCCCACCCCUGAAUUCCCGAAAUGCCCCCCCCCGAGAAAGUUUUAUUUUCCGGAUCUGUCCCUCCUUCGAUCCCUCCGUUCCUUCCUCGGAAUUCCGUUCUGCCCGUCCUCCGAACCUUCCGCCGCUGUAGAUGCUGAAAUUAGUAGAAGGCGAAGCGAAGCAAUUCAGUUAUUCGAAUCAGAGGACGUUUUUUCCCCUCAUUUUUUAGGUUAAAAUCGAUUUUUCUGGGGGGUCCGGAGCUGGUUUCCAUGAAAAUUUCAUCUGUUCAUGGCUUGUAGGGUUUAUCCGAUGAACAAUUCGUUUUUCUUCUAGAAAAUGGGGGUUUUCCGGGGGAAAUUUUGGAUAUUUACAUCAAAAAAGGGAUUGUUCUCUAAACGGAAAACAAACUCGCGAUGGAACUGCAGCUUUUAAUUGAUUUAUAAGGUUUACGCGAUGAAAAUUCGUUGUUUUCCCUAGAAAAAUGGCGUUUUUCCAGGGAACUUUCGAAUAUUUACAUCACAAGGGGGAUUUUUGCUAGAAGAAAAUUAAAAACUCCAGCUUUUAUUCGAUUUUUAGUGUUUAUCCUCCGAUAAAUUUAAGUAAUUUUUCCUGGUAAUUGCAUUAAGAAAGGAUUGUUUUAAUAAAAACGGGGGAAAUUUAGAUCGGAAUUCUAGUUUUGGGAGGAAUCAGAGACCCUGGAAAGACGAGAAAACCGUUUCCUUGGAAUCGGGGAUCUCCUCGCUCCCGUCCCGGAUCUCCCGAAAGGUCGCCUGGGGCAUUCUGGGAAUUCCAAAUUUGGUUCCUUUAAAGGAAGCCCGAAAUUUACGUAGACUUUUCCGCAAUUCUCCCUAACUUCCGGGGGCAUUCUCGGAAUCCAACCCGAGAGUAGAGAAAAACACAAAAACAUACGUUCCCCCUUCACUUCAACCCCACCAGCCACAAGCACAAGAGCGCAGAACCGAGAAGAGAAACCAAAAAAUAAAAAAAAAAGAGAGGAAAAAAGUAGGGAGAGAAAGGUGGUAGAUGAGAGAGCCUCGCUCUCGUCACCUUCGCCAACUUCAUCUCCGCCUUCCGGUUAUUCCCCUGUGAGCCCACCAACCUCCGCCCGCCUUCCCCGAAUCCCCCUGAUCCUUCCCUCCCUCAGCGCCGUCGUGGAGAUUGCAGCCAUGGUUAGCAUAAGGAGACGGAGAUAUCUGGGCCUCUGCACAGGGAAAAGCUCCAUUCCUGUUGAGCUUCCCAAGCCUGCUGCCAUUGGGAACACUGUGGAAAAUUCUAAUCAGAAUGUGAAGCCAUUCAGUGUGCAUCCUAUGCCUUCAGAUAAUUUAAGCCUUCAAAUGCCGGUUAAUGUUUCUGAAGCAUUACCUGGAUCUUCAAAUGCAUCUGGUUCAAGCUCAUCCAAGGAAGAGGUAAAUCAUUAUUAUCCAGGUAAACAAAUCAAACGCAGGAAGCGACACAGGAGAAAGCACUUUGAAGACCAAGAACCAUGCGUAAUGAGGGGUGUUUAUUUCAAAAAUAUGAAAUGGCAGGCAGCAAUAAAAGUUGACAAGAAGCAAAUACACUUGGGCACUGUUGGAUCACAAGAGGAAGCGGCCCGAUUGUAUGACAGAGCUGCUUUUAUGUGCGGGAGAGAACCCAACUUUGAACUCUUAGAGGAGGAGAAGCAAGAACUAAGACAGUACAAGUGGGAAGAUUUCUUGGCAGUGACGCGCAACGCCAUCAACAACAAGAAACAUCAGAAAAGGCUUGGUGCGGAUAGGCGAAAGAAGCCUGAGAGCCAGUUGCAGAGUAAUGAUGGGGAGCGUGAGAAAGGCACCCAUGCUUCAUCAGCAUCUGAUGAUGGAGACGCUGAUACAUCUGUCUCAUAAUCAUAAUAAUGCAAGCAGGCCAAAGGCCAAAUUACAACUGACCCCUAUUUUUCCUAUAGGGAUUAGUCUAUAUCUACAUAUUUCAUAUAGGUAGCAUAUAGCUUAUAUUUCUCCAUUAAAUUGCUGUGCAUAAAGCCCCUAUUAGGGCAAGCAAGGGUUGAUGAAAUGCAUUAAAUUCUGGUAGGAGAAUUCUGUUGCCAUUUUCAACUAGCCAUUAUAAGGCUGCAUUUGGAGUUUUUUAGCCCGAAGAUUGUGUUUUAUCAUUUUCCUUUGCUUGGUUCCUUGUACAGCUGUUCUUAAAGCCUGUUUGAAUCUGUGCAUAGAAUCUGGCUGCAGCCCUGGGGUGAAUAGCAUACUGUCCAUGUUUUUCUGAUUGAAUAAUGCCAUGAGUCCCAUUCUGAUCAAAACAAUUCUCCAACUUCUAAUGGUUCUGGUUAGUUAAAAUUAAUAUUGACAUAUCUGUGCCUAAUGAUUUUUCCAAAUGAGAAGGUUUUGAAGGUUGGUUCGAACUGAAACCUGCUUUACUCUCGUUGAUGCUACUACAUUAUUUGAGCGUGGAGAACAUGUUAAGACAUCUGUCCAUGAGAAAGAAGGGUGUGAAAAUAAUUGCAGUAUUUGCGCCUAGUACUCCUAUUU